UCUCAAUCUUUAUCUUGUGCUAGAGGCCAAGAUGCUAAAACCAAAGAAAGCCGACUCAUCAUAUAUGAAGAAGCUCCUGCAUAAUAGAUCAAGGAAACGAGAUUAAGGAGAAGAAAUGAAUAAUUGAAGAUUAAUCAGGGGAGAUUCGGAGUAACCUGAGACUGAUGAGGGCUGCAUUUUGAUGGGCGAGAGGCUGAAAGAGGACCCAGAGAGGCCGGCUUUCUAUGUCACGGAGGUUAACAAGGUCUGUAGAGUAAACAGGAAGUCGAAAAAAAUUGGGGACAGAGUGGUGAGCACUUGCUUGAAGGCUAGAGAGAUGUGCCGGUUCGGAAGCAGCUAGGAGGGUCUCUGGCUUCUGGUUCCUUCCUCACGCAGUGACAUGGAGCAAUGGAUUAUGGAUUGACAAGGAACCUACAAAUUAGGAGCCUGCUGAAAAUAAUCUACAUCCUCCCAACAGUGGCUUAUGGUCAGCUGCUCCCUUUAAAAGAAACCAAGUAUGAGGAACAUGUGGUCAAAGGGGUGCGCGAUCGCUCGGUGCUGCUGCCAUGUGGUGAUGCCGCUUCGCCCAUGGUUGUCUUCUGGAGUUUCACCAAGCUGGGCUCGGACAUCCCCAGAGCUGUCGCAAUCAGCAAUGGCGUAGAGUCCAAAGUGGAGAGGGGCUCUGGUGUUCUGGGGAACGUGACAUUGGAUAACAGCACCCUGGAGAUAGAGAACCUGAAAACGGCAGCGGAAGGGCGCUUCCUGUGCCAGGCAAUGUAUGGCGAAGAAGACGAGAUCAAAGUCGUUUAUUUCUAUAUUGAGCUCAUUGUUUUGGUUCCUGUUUCAAAGCCUUUCCUGCAGAUGAACAAUUCAACGCCCGUGGAAGGCAUGCCUGUCGUGAUGACAUGCUCAGUGAAAGAGGGGACGCCUCCUGUUGCUUAUUCAUGGCAGCGCUACACUAACCGGGAUGGCACAGUAUCUGUUGCAGAAACGGUGGAAGGUCUAUUGAACCUGACAUCCUCUAACCGGACUCAGAUGGGCUGGUACACCUGCACCACCCAAAAUGAAGUCAAUAGCCAAACCAGCGACAGGAUGUACCUGGAUGUUAUCUAUGGGCCUGAUGAACCAGUGAUCAGCGUGGAGCCGUUUGCUGUAAACCAACAUGGCUUCUCAGCCAAUGAGCAAGAAGAGGUGAUCCUGACAUGCCUGGCAUCGUCUAAUCCACCUAGCCAUUAUAUUUGGUUCUACAAUAGCUCCCAAGUCUACUCUGGUCAGAAGUAUGUGAUCACCAGGAUCUCAAGGACCCAAACAGGAAUCUAUACUUGCCUUGCUCAGAACAUGCACCUGAAUACACGCACCCAGACCGCCAUUAUCUUAACAGUCUACUAUCUGCCCAAGGGGAAGCCCAGCUGCACUCCGCUGCCAGCCACCAAUUUCCAAGACCUUGCCCUGCGCUGUUCGUGGCAGGGAGGGUUCCCCCCGGUGCGGCUGCGGUGGGUGAAAUCCCGGUGGGGAGGAAACAGCACAGCAACCUACUCCAAUGCUACCCAAAUCCAUCACGGCAAAGAUGUUCGCAACGGGACCUCCUACACUUGCCUGGCUUCUCACCCGGCGCUCAGAGACGAGACCAUCUGCAGAACCACUGUGUGGGUCCCUGGUGGGAACCCGGCCUGCAGCGCCGUAGCAACCAAGCAGAACGAAUUCCUCAUGCUGACCUGCGACUGGGCAGGCGGAGAACCGAGGGUGACUCUGUGGUGGAGAGACUGGAGGGACCACGUGCUCGGAGGACUGAAACAAUCCCACAACAUCUUCGUCAUGAAAUCAAACGCCACCCUGGGGGGCAGGGAAUUCACCUGCGUGGCAGCCCACCCACUUCUCAUAAGAGCUACUGAGUGCCGCAUCCGUUUGGAACCUCCUAAGCUUGUGGUAGAUAGAUCCAAAGUGUCACUGUUUGAAGGCAAUGAGGUCGAACUGGCCUGUUUGCUCGAAGGCGCCUACCUGGGAUCGGAAGUCUUUUGGUACAACAACAAGAAUCAGGUCAUCAGAACAGAUGCUAGGAAAUACCGGCUGCAGCAGGAGAACGCCUGGCUUAACUUGACCCUCCGGGACACAGAGUGGAUGAAAGACAGCGGUACCUAUCGCUGUGCUGCCAUGAACGCUGUGGGCAACACCUCUGCCAGCAUCAACCUGCUGGUUAAAAAGUACCCCUCCCCACCCAAUGUGACAAUCAGCAAGCUGAUGUACACUCGCCACCGUACAGAGGUGGAACUGGAGUGGCAGACCCAGGGCUCGGGGAACUUGACCAGCUUUGUGGUCCAGAUGAGGGAAGCAAAGAAGGCUCCCAAAAACCAGCUGGGCAGCAGCUGGGAAACAGUGAUCAGUGAUAUUGACCCCGACACCCGUGACCAGAAGCUAGGCGGGCUGGAUCCUGCAAUUGUGUAUGCCUUCCGCAUCUUGGCUGUCAACCACCGAACGACUGGGCACCCCUCUGAAGUAAAAACACCAGCCGACCCUCCUUUUAACGCUUACCCUGCAGUGAUUGGUGCCGCAGUGGCAGGAAUGAUAGUGGCAACAGUUACAUCCCUCCUGGUGUUCCAGUACAUCAUUCGGAACCGGGAGAACAAUCCAAGGUUACACGACCUGCUCUUCAGAAUGGCUGGUGGAGAAGCCCGUGAGCACAUCAGCACUCCAGAAGAUGCUGAGACAGCAGCAGGGAUGGAAGGAGGAGCCAGUGAGCAGCUUGGAGAGCCUUCCACAGAAGCCGAGGAAACAGCAGCAGAGGUUAGCCCCGGGGAAGCUACGGAAGCCCCAGAGGAUUCGACAGUGGCCCAGGAAGAAGCCCCAGCUCCAGCGCCUGUCCCAGAUCCCACCGUUGAUGACCCUCCAGUUAAUGUGACAAUCACAGUGACCGCCACCCCGUGACCACCAGGAAAUCUGACUCCCCGGUAGGCAAAAUAGCUUGGGGAGAGCUAUUCAGGUCAACAAGGGGAGGACAGUGAUAUGGGGAAGGAUUGCAAUGUUUGGGAGAAACUGGAGGGAGAUAUCAGACCGCUCCUUGAAUCAGGCAAGUUCUUUCUCAUCGCAGACCCAGAAGCUUCUUCCUCUGUGAAGGCAGAAGGCCACAUCUAAGCACUAGCCGCACAAUCAAAAGGCUCCUUUCAGCGAAUA